CCAGGCGGCGCUGUGUGGCCGCCGCCAUCGCUGCUCCCCGCAGCUCGGCGGCUGCUCGGGGCCGAGGCGGCUGCGGCGCGGCUUCCCGGGCGCGGGGAGAAGGCCUCGGGCUGGGCCGAGGCGACGGCGGGCGGUGGCGCCGGGUCUCGGCGGCGCCAUGGGGAAGCGGGACAACCGGGUGGCGUAUAUGAAUCCCAUAGCUAUGGCCAGAGCGCGAGGUCCUGCCCAGAACUCAGGACCAACGAUACAGGACUACUUGAACAGGCCAAGACCAACAUGGGAAGAAGUGAAAGAACAACUAGAAAAGAAAAAGAAAGGAUCCAGGGCUUUGGCUGAGUUUGAAGAAAAGAUGAACGAGAAUUGGAGGAAGGAACUGGAAAAACACAGGGAGAAAUUACUGGGUGGAAACGAGAGUUCCUCCAAAAAGAAAGAGAAAAAGAAAAAGGAAAAGAAGAAAUCUAAUAGGUUGUCUUCAUCUUCCUCUUCUUCAUCAAGCUCUGAUUCUUCCAGCAGUUCAUCUGAUUCAGAAGAUGAGGAUAAAAAGCAAGGGAAGAAAAGAAGGAAAAAGAAGUACCGCUCCUCACGGAAAUCUUCAGCAAGCUCAACUUCUGCAUCUGAGUCGGAUAGCAAGGACAGCACAAAAAAGAAAAGGUCGAAAGAAGAUUAUGAAAAAGAGAAGGAAGGCAAAAGUCACCACAGGAAAAGGAAGAAAGCCGAUCGCGGUGAUGGACCUUUAUCAUCAGACUCCUUAUCAGAAUCAGAUCAGACAGAGGAGGUGCAAGUGAAAAAGAAGAAAAACAAUGAGGAAAAAGAGAAAACAGCAAUCACUUUUUCAGUUGUUGAAUUAAAGGAAGGAUUUUUCACAGAGAUACGUGAUUUGAGAUUUGUGAUAAAGCAAAAAAGAGAAAGAAGCACAAGAAACAUGGUAAAAAGAAGAAAAAGAAGAUUGCUGGUUCAAAUUCGGAUUCAGAAUAAUAAUAAUAAAAAAAGACUAUCAACAGAAGUGCAAUGACUGAAGGAAACUUAAACUGUGAAAUGACAGCAAACUUUACCAAACUGCAUGAGUUUUCCUGUGUUUUAGAAAUAUUCAUAAUCUUUCAGUAGCCAGCCAGAUGCAGCUGUGCUGGGAAAGACCAUUGUUAUUGCCUGCUGCUUAAUACAUGAGGUACAACUUCUAUAAAAUUGCAGUAAGCAGUGUUAGAUGUUUGAAACCGUAUGAGAUGGUAGUCCAGCAGAGAUGUAAAAUAUCGGAAAAUAAAAGUUGAACUUUUUAGAUAGUAAGAGUAGUCUUUUAAAGCAUUAGUAAUAGUCUUUAUUUGUAAAUCUGGACAAAGAAAAUCCCAAGUUCAUCCUGCAGGUUAAUAUUAUACAUAAACUAUUACAUGCUGGUGUCUGCUAAUGGCAUUUACAAAAUGGGAAAUUAAUGAUAACAUUUAAAAUGCUGCCUUUGUAGAAAUGUUUAUGAUCUGCCCCAUUACCAUCUUCAUGCUUACGAGAAAGGGAAUGCUACAAUUUUGGCUGACCGCAUAGGGUGCCUUUGCCUUUGAUUCUUGCAAAUCUGCUAUUCUUAAUCCACGCAGCAUCUCUGAUUCUAGGGAGGCCAGAACUAUUGUCAGCAGACUUCUUCUGAAUAAGCAGUUCUGUGCUUCUAAGCAUGUGCUUCUGCAUUAAGCAAGAGCAAUGACAUUUUGCAGUAUAACUGACGUUCGAAACCUGAAGAUUUUACCUCUGCUUCUUUGAAAUAGUGAUAGCUUUUUGCUAGUAAGUAUGCAUAUUUCAUUUAACAUAAUUUUGGGUUAGUUGAAUACUUCUUGCAAACACUGGGAGCUUUCUUUGCAUUAUCUUUAGAAUUGUUUUGCAUGAUUUGUACCAUUUUUAAAUUAACGAAAUGCAGGUAAUCGUUUGUUGUAACCAGUUCUAUGAAUUAUGUUCCACAUGCAGAGUUUCAUGUAUGUACUUAGUUACUCUUAUAGUUAAGUUCAUUGCUGUGUUUAAGUGCACACUUGAAGAUACUUAGCAUGUAAAAAGCGGGGUUUUGAUACCUUAACAGCUUCAUAUUGAAGCUGAUUUUACUCUAAGCAAGUUCAGUGGCAGACCUGUUACAUGAUGUGUCCUGUUAGAUAACUACUGCCAGAAUCUCAUUAAAGAUACUGUUUAAACAGUUUGUAUUUAUAUUUUUGUACUUGAGGGCUACAGAAUGUUGACUAAAUCAGAAAGCUGAUUUACUUUUAAAUUAGUUGCUUUAGAAAUUGAAAAAAAGCUUUUGUAAAUUAAACGUGCACACAAGAAAACACAAGCAACCAUUUGAUUUUAGUUUUUACAUGAAAUUCUCAUAGUACCUUCCACUGAAGUACCUAUCGCUGGGCUUCCAUUUAGUUAAGAACGGCCUGUCCCUCCUCUAUGGUCAGCUGUAGAUUUUGCUCUUGAUCCGCCCCUUUUUUUCGUUGUGCAGGUGCUAACUUAGAACUUAACCUCUGUUGCAUACAGAUGUUUCUCAAAUAUUGUAUUGCCAAGAAUUGCAAGACCUUUAAGACCUUGAUGGUUAGUCUGCAAACCAUAACCAAAAACGGGGGGGAGAAAGGUGAUUUCAUAUUGGCAUUCUACAGAGAAAUUGACUUCAAGUUCUUGAGAAAAUACAACUGUUGAGUCGCAGCAAUGUCCCUCUAGACUGUAGUAAGAAUAUGUUGAUCAGAUACUUUAUACUGAUGGGCUUGAUGUUACUGAUUCUAGAUGCUGUUUUGCCAGUGACGUUGUAAAGACAAGGUGAAGUGAACAGUAGGGGUUUGAUUAGGGUUUGUGUUUGAUUUUUUGGGGGUGGUUUUCUUUUUGAGUCAUGGUGUUGCAGUUUUGGUAAAAGAACUUGUAAUGAACCAUAGCGUAAAUGCUGUGUCCUGUGUGAUACCGUAAUUGACUUCUACACAGCCACCUGCAACGGAAAGAAAUAAAAAUGGAAAUGAGCCCCA